AUCACUUUUGCCCCUCGUUGGAGGAGAAAAGUCCAAAGGAAAAAAAAAAAAAAAUUUCGUGUAGAAUUUUUUUCCCCCUAGGAUUGUGUAUCUCUCCCAUAAAUUCUCAACCUUAGCCUCCUCUCCCCUCAACACAAAUUCUUACCAGAUCUUCCUUUUUUUCCCCUUACCCAAUAACCUUCUCCCUUCUUUCAAUUCUUUUCUUUUCCAUUUUCUCUUUUCUCGUGAAGAGUGACUAUCUGAGUUUAUUCAACUCAGAUUUUCCCUCUUCUCGUGAUACUCGGAAAGAAACUUCAGCCCUCUGCCUCGGUUCGGGCUUAGACUAAAAUAGACAAGACGAGUCGCGAUAGAGUAGAUUUCUGAUCUCAUCGUCAGCAAGUCUACGGGCUCCGGAGUGAUACAGGACGCGUUUAUUUACGUAGAUUUCAGCAUCUAUCCCAACAGCUCUCCAAACCUUCCGAUUCAUACGAUCGAAUACACCGACCGACGAGAUAACCACGGCCUUUACCUAUAUACGUGUGACUCGAUAAAUCUCGAUCCACGUAUUCCUAAUAUUUCACUCUUCCUCUACUACAACGAAAAUUAUUCAUCAUGUCUACAGCGCAAGAGAAUGCCCAAUCCAUCAAGAUCUUGGAUGAUCUGAUGCAAAAGCUCACCCUUUCCAAGGAUGCAGCAGCUAUUAAGGAUGCCUCACAUUCUUUGGCUUCUUUUAUCAACGGUCGCAUCGAAGACCAGGAGGCCCCUACCAGAACUGUCGAGGCUUUGAAGAAACAGAUAUCCAACAAGAAGGAUGCUGCGGCUCGUGAAAAGGCUGUGAAUGCCAUCCAAGCAAUCGCACAACACUCGGAGAUCGCUCCUAACGUCGAGCCUUACCUCGCUCUUUUCUUGCCUUUGACCCUAGCAGCCAUCGGUGACAAGAUUACCUCUGUCAAGAAUGCCGCUAUUGCGGCCACAACAGCCAUCGUCGAGGCUAUCAACCCUAACGCUGUCAAGGCUAUUCUACCCGCGAUUGUCAAAUCUAUCUUGGAGGCCCAAAAAUGGCCAGAAAAGAUCACGGCUCUUGAGUGCAUUGACAUCUUGGUCAGAAUAGCACCUGCCCAACUGGCAUUCCGCGUCCCCGAGUUAAUCCCUGUCAUCUCCGAGUCCAUGUGGGAUACCAAGAAGGAAGUCAAGGAGCGUGCCUAUAAGACAAUGGAGAAAAUCUGCGAGUUGAUUGUCAACAAGGAUAUCGAGCGAUUCAUCCCCGAGCUUAUCAAGUGUAUCGCUAAGCCCGAAAAUGUGCCCGAGACCGUUCACUUGUUGGGUGCUACUACCUUCGUUACUGAGGUUCAGGAGCCUACUCUAGCCUUGAUGGUACCCUUACUGGAUCGUGGUCUCGCUGAACGAGACACCGCAAUUAAGCGAAAGGCUGCUGUUAUUGUUGAUAACAUGUGCAAGCUCGUCGACGACCCUAACAUCGUUGCUCCUUUCUUGCCUAAGAUGAUGCCCGGUCUGCAAAAGAAUUUUGACAACCUGGCUGAUCCCGAGGCUCGAGAGAAGACCAAACAGGCUCUCGAUACCCUCUUCCGCGUCGGUAACAUCAAGGAUGGCAAGAUUCCCGAGGUUCGCCACGAUGGCGAUAUGCCUACUGUCCUUGCCCAUCUCACGGCCGUUAUUCCCAGCAAACACGCCAAGACGGCGGAGAAGCUAACCCCUGUCUUGGAGUACAUUUCCGCCAUCGGUGGACAGCUUGUCGACGAGAAGGAGACCGAGCCGUCUACCUGGGCUACUUCUGUAAAGCCGUUCGUCACGGUUGUCGUUGGAGAUGUCGAUGCUGAGAAGGUUGUCGAAGGCCUCCGGAAGCGCUCUUCUCCUGGUGUUGAGGAUGAGGCCGAACAAGAAGCCGAGGAUGAUGAUGGCGAAGAUCUUUGUGACUGCACCUUCUCCCUUGCGUACGGUGCCAAAAUUCUACUCAACCAGACUCAUCUCCGACUCAAGCGCGGUCGUCGUUACGGUCUUUGUGGUCCCAACGGAUCCGGCAAAUCUACGCUCAUGCGCGCCAUCAACAAUGAGCAAGUUGAAGGUUUCCCCAAGCAGAGCGAGGUUAAGACUGUCUUCGUCGAGCACGACCUUGACUCUGCUGACACCGAAAUGACUACAAUCGACUGGACCAUGAAGAAGCUUGCCGAGGCUGGCGUCACUACCAGCCAAGCCGAUGUUGAGAAGCGUCUUGAGGAGUUUGGUUUCACCCCGCUAAUGACCUCGGGAGAAAUCACCGCCCUCUCUGGUGGUUGGAAGAUGAAGCUAGCUCUGUGUCGUGCCGUCUUUGAGGCCCCAGAUAUCCUGCUACUCGAUGAACCUACCAACCAUUUGGACGUGAAGAACGUCAAGUGGCUUGAAGAUUACUUGAUCAACUCCCCCUGCACUUCCAUCAUAGUUUCUCACGAUAGCGGGUUCCUCGACAACGUCACCCAAUAUAUCAUCCACUACGAGCGAUUCAAACUGAAGAAGUACAAGGGUAAUCUGAAGGAGUUCGUCCGCAAGAACCCGCAUGCUAAGUCGUAUUACGAGCUUGGAGAAUCCGAGAUCGAAUUCUCCUUCCCGGAGCCCGGCUUCCUCGAGGGUGUCAAGACGAAAGCCAAGGCCAUCUUGCGUGCUACCAAGAUGAGCUUCCAGUACCCGGGUACGCCCAAGCCACAGCUCACCGACAUCAGCUUCCAGUGCUCCCUCGGCUCCCGUAUUGCUGUUAUUGGUCCCAACGGUGCCGGCAAGUCUACGCUUAUCAACGUCCUCACGGGCGAGCUCAUCCCGACCGGUGGUGAAAUUUAUCAGCAUGAGAAUAUUCGUAUCGCCUACAUCAAGCAGCACGCUUUCGCCCAUAUUGAUAACCAUCUCGACAAGACCCCCUCCGAGUACAUCCAAUGGCGAUUCCAGACCGGCGAGGAUCGUGAGACCAUGGACCGUGCGAACAAGAUUAUCACCGAGGAGGACGAGAAGGCUAUGGACAAGAUCUUCAAGGUCGAAGGCUCCCAACGCCGCGUUAUCGGCAUAAACAGCCGUAGAAAGUUCAAGAACAGUUACGAGUACGAAUGUUCUUUCGCUCUUGGCGAGAAUGUGGGCAUGAAGAAUGAGCGUUGGGUCCCCAUGAUGACAGCCGACAACGCCUGGCUUCCCCGAACUGAACUUCUGGUCUCCCACCAGAAGAUGGUCGCCGAAGUCGAUAUGAAGGAGGCUCUCGCCUCGGGUCAAUUCCGUGCGCUGGUCAGAAAGGAGAUCGAGUCUCACUGUGCCAACUUCGGCCUCGAUGCCGAGCUCGUCUCCCACUCGCGGAUGCGUGGUCUCUCAGGUGGUCAGCGUGUCAAGGUUGUACUUGCCGCUUGCUCGUGGCAGAAGCCUCAUUUGAUCGUCUUGGACGAACCUACUAACUACCUCGACCGUGACUCUCUCGGUGCCUUAUCCAAAGCUCUAAAGAAGUUCGAGGGCGGUGUUAUCAUUAUCACCCACAGCGCAGAGUUCACUAAGGACUUAACCGAGGAAGUCUGGGCCGUCAUGGACGGUAUGAUGACGCCUUCCGGCCACAACUGGGUUCAGGGCCAAGGUUCCGGACCGAGGCUGAAGCAAGAAGAUGACGAGGAGGAGAAGUUCGACGCCAUGGGAAAUAAGAUUGUGACCACUAAGAAGAAGGCCAAGUUGACUAGCUCCGAGGCAAGGAAGAAGAAGAAGGAGCGCAUGGCUCGCCGAAAGCGCGGUGAAGAGGUCUUCUCCGACGAAGACGAUUAGACAACUCGUUGCUGUCCUUGGCACUGCUGAUUCUUACGACUUGAUUCUGAUGAAUGAGAGUCUGCUAUUCCCUUUGUUUGAUGAGCUGAAAAGUUCGGGCUUCGCAGGUUGGGCAUUGUUUCCAUGAUUCUUGCGCGCCGUAGGUUGCACACGCUCGAUGCAACCAAUAAGGGAGUUUCAUCCUUUGGUCGAGCAGGAUGAAGUAGGAAAGGCGUGACCUUUCGGGUUUGGAGGUCCAAGUGGUCGAGCCUUUCGAAUUCUUUAGUGAGAGGAUACCAUUGAUAGGUAAAUAGGUCGACGAAUAGAUUUGAUAUACGACGAUGCGCCCGUCAUCCCGUAAUGUGCAUGUGUCAUAAGCCUC